AAAAUAGUUGGGCCUUUAGGACACUACAGUCGAGAAAAGACACUCAAACAGAUUAAAACCUAACAAUGAAUUGUGAUACUAUGAAAUUGAUAAAAUUGCAAAACCCACCAGAAUUUAGUGCGGUUUAGUUCGGAAUAAAAAUGCAAUUUUGCUUACUCAACCUCAAUAAAUCCCUUAACCCUCCGCCCGACCGUACCUGAUUUGAAAGUCAAGCAGGCUGGAGGCCCCCUAGAAGGAAAGAUGGUCACAUUUUUAAUUAAAUUGCGCUCCGGGAAGUUUAGCGAUUUUUCUUUGGCGCUAAAUGGAAAUUCCAUUACAAGAAAAACACCCAUAGAACCUUUAAAGGCGCUUACGAAAGCGACUGAAUGCAUGUAAAAUUUCUGUGCAAUAAAACAUUAGCUGAUUAUCAAGCUGCAAUUAGCCAAAGAAGUUGCUCCGAGGAAAACGAAAAAUGCAGCUUUGAAAGCGCCGGUGGCAGUUAUUUACGCAAUGCACGUUCAAUUAAGUUGAUGGGUCUGCUGGGCGGUAAACAGACACCAAGGAAAACGCCUGCAUGAAAGAAACAGAAAAACACGAAGCAGGAAUUGCAGGAUGUUAAACUUGAGGCGGCAAAGCCGCACGCCAGCGGUAGCAAAGUCCUCAAAAGUUCAAGCAAAAUGAACGAAAAAACCAAAUGGCAUGACCGACUCUUCGGACAGAAACUGAUGAAAUGCGACUCCGCCAACAACUCGAACGACUUCAACACCUGUGCAACUCUGGACGUGCUCAAAAGCGUUCACAUCACCGGGAUUUACUUCAGUUUUGCCAACAUCAGCACGCAAAGUGACGAUUUUUUGAAAAAACUGCGCGACUUAUACGAAAAACUCAAUUCGGGUAGUGUGAAUGGCGACGUGGAGAAGCGAAUUGAGGUGAUUCAAGUGGUGAUGUGGGCUCACAACGAUAACUAUGGAGAUUUCGAGCUCAGCCAUAAGGAGAGCCUAUUGGGGCUGCCUUGGUUCGCUAUGCCGUUCAGUGAAAUCAACUUAAAGACGAGACUAAGCAGGCGAUACCGCAUUAAGUCGGGAGUGCCAACUUUGGUGCUUCUCGACAAGGAUGGUUCGACUGUGAGCGUUUCCGCCCAUGAAAGACUGGCUGAGGAUCCGAAUGGUACCAAUUUUCCGUGGCGGCCGCGACCGGUUGACGAGGUGCUGAAAGACGUGGUGCUGCAGGCCGGAAGGAUUUACUACCAAGACCACCCGAAUUGCAUACAGGGGGACAUUCGCUACAGCGACUUACCGGAUGGGGUGAGAGGAUUCUAUUUUUCCGCUCACUGGUGUCCACCUUGCAAGGCGUUUACUCCCCAUUUGGCCGACGUGUAUAAACUGAUCAGGAAGCGGGAGCCAAACUUUGAAGUAAUUUUCGUGUCCAGUGACAGAAGUGCCGAUUCCUACAGCCUCUAUGUAGAAUCCAUGCCAUGGCUUUCCAUACCAUUCCAACAGGCAUCGGUAAGGGCUGAAUUGGCGCAGCUUUAUGGGAUCCGAGGCAUCCCAACUCUUCUUCUACUGGACAGCAACGGCCAUGUGAUUACCAUGGAUGCGCGCUCGGAGAUUGUGGAAGAUCCUCUAGCUCAGAACUUUCCGUGGAAGCCCCGAGCUGUUAACAUUCUGACCGACCGAUUCUUGACCAAACUCCAUGACUUCCCAGCCAUCGUUUUGUUUGUUGACUCGGAGGAAACUGAAAUCCAGUUUGCUGAAUCUGUUGUGAUGCCUGCAGCGAAUAACUACUACAAAAUGAACAACAUUAACAUCUCGGCCAUUCCGGAAGAUCGUCUGUUUUCCAGUUGCGACCAGGAGGACAAUUUUCUGCAAUUCCUCAUCGGCACUGAUAACGAAUCUACGGAUAUUCUUAGAGAUUUAAUCGGUUUAGAUGAUGUGGUUCCCCUGCUGGUAGCCAUCGAUAUUCCGAACAGACGAUAUGCCACAAUGGAUGAUGGAACGGAAAUCACUUCAGAAACUGUGAACGAUUUUGUGAGGAAAUUUCAGCUCAAUGAUUUAACGUUUAAGGGCAUCAGUGAGGAAGGAGUGGAAAAUGCCGAAAACCUGUAAAACUCUAGUCCAAAUUGUUGCCAACCGCAUAUAUUAGUUGAAUUCCGAAAAACUAGUGCAAUAAACCAUAUUUUCCCAAUAAGUACCGUUUAACUACUUAAUAAUGUGAUUUACUCGUGUAUAUGUACAUAGAGUGUAGUGCUCAAAAAGGACUUUGAAACUAUUUUUGUGUCGAUAUUCUACAAAAAAAUACAGUUUUAGAUGCAUGUAUGUAUAAAGGGGGUUUCUACUAGUGAAAGAAUGAUUUAAUUACAUUUAAGGCACGUUAUGUUAAUAAUUUAUUCCGUACAGUAGCCAGCCAGAGAAAGAAGGCUUAGAUAUGUUUUAGACAUUUAUAAAAAUAUAUCAGAAAC